AUCCUUAGCCAUGGAUUUCAACAUGUAUCAGAUCACAAUAUUCAUUUCAAUCAUUUUGGCCACACUCCUCACUCCAAAUGCCAAAAUGGCUUUCGCCACACCACAAAAAGGCAAUACCCAAGUGCUGAAAUUCGAUUCCGAGCGCGACGUCGCCGUCGCUCUAGCCAAGUACACCGCCGAUCUCUCUGCCAAGUUCGUCAAAGAAAAGGGCUCCUUCUCCGUCGUCCUCUCCGGCGGCACUCUGAUCGACACUCUCAGGAAGCUGGUGGAAUCUCCGUAUAAGGAAUCUGUUGAUUGGUCGAAAUGGUUGAUAUUUUGGGUUGAUGAGAGAGUCGUUCCUCUUGAUUCUGAAGACAGCAAUUUUCUGCUUGCUUCGCGUGGUUUUCUUUCAAAGGUACCUAUUCCUCCGGGCAACAUCUACGCCAUCAAUGACAAGUUGUCCCCGGAGGGUGCAGCAGACGACUACGAGGAGCGUCUGAGACACCUUGUUUCAAGCAAGGUCAUACCUGUUUCAAGCGCCACGGGCUUCCCCAAAUUCGACCUAAUGCUGCUCGGGAUGGGGCCGGAUGGGCACGUAGCGUCUCUGUUCCCUAAUCGCGAGCAGCGCUAUGAGAAGAAGCGUUGGGUCACCUUCAUCACUGACUCCCCCAAACCACCUCCACCGCGGAUCACCUUCACAUUCCCGGUCAUAAACGCGGCUGAAGAGAUCGCAAUGGUGAUCACUGGGGCCGAGCUUGCUAAUACCACCAAGACAGUGUUGCAUCCUCAUCAGGGCUCGCCUCUGCUGCCUGCAGCUGAGGUCUCGGCUGAAGGGGGGCUCACAUGGUUCCUCGACAAAGAUGCUGCUUCGGAACUGUGAAUCUGUGUGCUUCUUUUAUGAAUAAAGAUGAGUGUGUGCAUCUUUUAUGAAUAAAGGGGUGUGUUGUGGACUUGUUGUUGUAGCAGAUUAUGUUGUGUGUGCACUUAUAAAUGCUGCUUAACUAAAUGAUAGCACUACUUACUCAUUUCAAAUGCUAGAUGCUUGUGUUUUCUCUUUUCAA